AUGACGCUGUCUGCACUCUCCUUGGGCGCUUUGGCCUUGUUGUCUGCUCUCCCAGUCAACUCUGCUGCCGUUGCGCCCCAGUCGGUUUCUUACGAUGGCUACAAGGUCUUUCGAGUUUCUGUGGGCGACAAUGUGGACAAGGUGAACGGCAUAGUAAACCGCCUUGCUCUGCAGACAUGGAAGGGGGCCCCAAGGGCCAACGCCAUGGCAGACAUUGUCGUCCCGCCAAGCCAAGUCGACAGCUUCCAGAAGGAGAUCGAGGGCAUGCAAGCAAUUACUAUGCAUUCCAACCUGGGCGAGUCAAUCGCAAACGAGUCUUCUUUCCAGACCUACGCCGCGGGCUCUGCCAACAGCAGCUGGUUCGACGACUACCACUCAUACGCGGAUCACCUCAAGUUCAUAGGCGACCUUCAAGCCAACUUUCCCAACAAUGCUGAAGUUGUCGUAGCUGGCCAGUCACUCCAGGGCAACAACAUCACGGGUAUCCACCUGUUUGGCAGCGGCGGUCGCGAUGCAGCCAAGCCGGCUGUCGUCUUGCACGGCACCGUACAUGCACGCGAGUGGAUCACCACAAUGGUUGUUGAAUACCACGCCUACACGCUGCUGACUUCUCAGGAUAAUGAGACGCGCUCAUUCCUCGAGAAAUACGACUUUUACAUCUUCCCUGUCGUCAAUCCCGAUGGGUUCAUCUACACCCAGACAACAGAUCGCAUGUGGCGCAAGAACAGGCAGACGACCCAGGGUAGUCGUUGUCUGGGUCACGACAUCAACCGCAACUGGGCCUUCAAGUGGGAUGUGAGGGGAGGAGCAUCCACUGAUCCGUGUGCCCAAGACUUCAAGGGCAGACAAGCGGCCGACGCCCCCGAGACGGUUGUGCUGGCCAACUGGUUGAAGGAAACCAAGCAACGCCAAGGAGUAAAGCUCUUUAUCGACGUCCACAGCUACUCGCAGCUCUUUAUGACUCCAUACGGCUAUUCAUGCGAUGCCGUGGCAGCUAGAGAUACAGAACUACAGUCACUAGCCAGGGGUGCAGUCGCCGCGAUCAAGGAUGUGCAUGGUGUGUCUUUUAAGUAUGGGCCGAUCUGCAAAACCAUAUAUCAGGCGACGGGCAGCAGCGUGGACUAUGUCAACGACGUGAUAGGGGCCGAUUACGUCUUUACCACAGAGUUGAGGGACACUGGCGACAAUGGUUUCAUCUUGCCAAAGGAACAGAUUGUGCCGAGCGGCGAGGAAGCAUGGGCCGGAUUAAGAUACCUGCUCAGAAAUAUGAGGUGA